GGAAUACAGAUGUGGGGCAAUGCCAAAGACUGUUUCCUGAAGAUGUAAAGGUGAAGCCAUAUUAAAAGGAUAUCCACCCUCAGUGGUGGAUGCUGGGAAAUGAUGCCAAAGAAGAAGAAGAAGAACAGGUGCCCUUUAAAACCACAAUGCACUGCUGGCUCAGCUGUCAGACUCCUUCCGGGUUUGGCUCCAGAUCUCCUCCACGUGUGAGUGAUUAUCAGCCUCUGAAUAAUGUCAACAAACGGUAAAAUGAUGAAUGAAGACGAGGAGUUCGAGGUGUUCGUGUCUCUCCACGCUGAAGCCCUGCAGUCCUCCAGAAUCCCCCAAAUCUACUGGAGGAGUCUGCACCACAAGAUCACCAGUGAGAUUUAUGAUGCUGGGGAAGUUUUUGGAAUCAUGCAGUUCCAACAAGAAGAGGAGGAAGAUGGAGAGACUGAGGAGAGGAAGAGGGUCUAUACUGGAGCAGUGAUCAGCUGUAAAGUGGUGGUGACCAGGGUGACUGGGCUGCAGGCCUCAGAGCCCACCAGUGUUUUCUUGGUGGAUCACGCCUGGACGUACCGCACGGACGGCGCCCGUCAGCAGCUGGAGCAGAUACCCGGCCUGCUGCCCAGAAUGACCUCCCUCAUGGGGAUGUACUUCCACGGCGAGGCCCCCGACCCGGACUUGGUGGAGCUGGUGAUGGAGCGCAUGUGGAAGUACAACCAGACUUAUAAACUCUCCGAGGGGUCUCCGGAGGAUAAAGUUCCCGUGUGGUACAUCAUGGAUGAGUUCGGCUCCCAGGUGCAGCACUCCUACCAGCCCAGCUGCAGCAUGGCUCCCUUCUACUACGCUCAGGGAGAGCUCACCUACUCGGUGCUCUGGCCUCUGCAGAACCUGCAACAAGGAGAUGAAGUAACCCGUGACUAUACGUACGGAGAGUCAGACCCCCUGGUGAGACGAUGCCGUCUGUUACCAUGGAUACCUGACGAUCUAGAAGGGGUCAGCAGCGUCACCGCCGAGCCGUCGGACUCUCACUACGAGGCCAUCGCCGUGGAGAACAAGGAGCAGCUUCCUGUGGAAGUCCAGCCCUACACUGUCCCCGAAGACAAGAUCCUGAAGGUUUACGCCGAUCUGUCACAAGUAACAAACAACCUGACACAUCCGCGGUUCCAGCUGACGGAGGAGGAGGAGGAGGCCGAUAUCAUCUGGAGCUAUAUUCACAUCAAAAACUACAGGAAGCUGAGCGAGGAACGACCUCAUGUGAUGCUAAACCAGUUUCCCUGUGAGAGCAUCAUCACCGUGAAGGACUGCAUGGCCGCCGUGGCUCACAGAGUGAAAGGCGACUCGCAGCCCGAUUGGCUACCGGAGACCUUCAACCUCCAGUCAGAGCUGCCACAGUUCAUCAAGCGUUAUCAACAGAGACAACAGAGGGGAGAGGAUAACCACUGGAUCUGUAAGCCCUGGAACCUGGCCCGUGGACUGGACACGCACAUCACCAACAACCUGGACUACAUAAUCCGACAACGAGAGAGUACGCCAAAGGUGGUGUGUAAGUACCUUGAAGAUCCGGUGCUGUUCAACAGAGAGGAAGUGGGAAUGGUGAAGUUUGACAUUCGCUACAUGCUGAUGUUGCGCUCCGUGAAGCCUCUGCGUCUCUAUGCCUACAACGUCUUCUGGUUGCGCUUUGCUAAUAGACCUUUCUCCUUGGACCAUUUAGAUGAUUACCAAAAGCACUUCACCGUCAUGAACUACGCGGAUGAUGUGGAGCUGAAGCAGGUGCACUACGACGACUUCAUCCCCAUGUUUGAGAACCAGUACCCGCUGUACCCGUGGAAGGAGGUGGAAGCGGAGGUGUUUAAAGCGUUCAAGGAGUUCUUCCAGGCAGCCUCGUCCCGACCGGCUCCGUACGGUAUAUGUCCCUACCCGCCGUCCCGGGCCAUCUACGCCGUAGACUUCAUGCUGAAGUGGAGUACGAAGCAAAAUGGUGAGCGAGUCAUGCAGCCUCAGAUCCUGGAGUUUAACUUCAGCCCAGACUGCGCCCGGGCCUGCCUCUACCACCCCUCCUUCUACAACCACAUGUUCCAGACCCUGUUCCUGGACCAGCCCGAGGACUGUCCGGUCACACAAAUCGUAUGAUCGACCCACCGAGCCCCCGGCCAAUGUGAUUUUUUUGCAGUUCUGUUUUUUAUACUUUUUCUGUCCGAACUUUUCUCUCUUUCACACUCUUUCUCCGUAACUGCUUUACCAUCUAAUAUCCGAGGGAUUUUAAGAGCUCAUGGAACACGUUUGCCUCCAUCUCAAUUCCUCAUGAAGCUUUAAAUCGUGACCUGCUGCUGUUACGGACCCAGCGAAUUAAAACCAAAACACUACUGUACAAUGAGCAAUAAAUAAAAAAAAAAAAAAACAUUUUUGGGAUUGUGGUGGAAAUUGACCGAAUAAGGGAGACCAACAAA